CGAGGGCUGAGAUAUAUAAAUGAGCCGGUUGCUGCAGUGCCCCAUCUGGGAUCUUCAGCCAGGGCACUGGCGUAGAUACACACGCUCCGUGCUGCUCUCCCCCCGGCACCUCGCCUGGAGCCCCCACGCCACGACAGUCUCGUCCUCUGCCCCUUUCUCCCCGCCUCCAUCCCGCCAGCGCCAUGAGCCGGCCAGAACUGCUCGCCGUCCUGCUCCUGGCCGUGCCGGCUGUCUCCCUCCCUGUGACAAAUGACAUGAAUAAAGGCGACACUAAGGUGAUGAAGUGCAUUGUAGAGGUCAUCUCUGAUACUUUAUCUAAGCCAAACCCCCUGCCGAUCAGUGAGGAAUGCCUAGAAACUCUGCGAGGAGAUGAGCGAAUUAUUUCUAUCCUUCGCCACCAAAACUUAUUGAAGGAACUUCAGGAAAUUGCUGCACAAGGUGCCAAUGAGAGAACUCAGCAGCAGAAGAAAAACAGCGGCUUUGAAGAUGAACUUUCCGAAGUCCUUGAAAGUCAGAACAACAAGAACAAGCAGAGAGAUGCUGCAGGGGAGCUCCCUGAAGAGGAGCAGCCCACAGGGUCCCUGGCUGAGCUGGCAGCACAGAAACCCCAGCAAAAUGAAGACUCCAGAGAGGAGGAAAAAAGCCUGGAGGAGAGGGAACCCAGACCAUGGGAUACCAACCCUGUUGAGAAAGAGGAUCGGGAGGAAGCUGAGAGCAAUGACAUCAGGGAUACAGAGGAUACCCAUCGAAACAACAUUUUGGACAACCACAUUGGCAAAAACUUCAGUGAGGAUGAGCAGCAGCAGCAGCAAGAGGAUGAAGAGGAGGAGCCCAGAGGCUCCAGGGAUAGCCUGGAGCUUGAGGAUGAGGGAGAAGAGCCAUCCAGGAAGGGUCAGGAGCACAGCAAGGAGGUAGCAGGGGAGCGUGUGGAGCGGGAGGAUGAUGAAGCUGCAGAGGAGGACCCUACUGAAGCAGAGAGGUCACUCGAUCUGGCUGAGGAGGACGAGGAGGCUGAGGAGAUGCAGGGAGGUGACAAUAACGAUGAUGAGCUGGGAUUUGGAAAAGAUGUGCAAAGCUCUGAAGAGGAGGAGGAAGAGGAGGAGGAAGAGCAGCCCCGGGUACUGAGAGGAGGGAGGCAUCACCUGGAGGAUGAGGAGAUGCAGGGAGAAGAGGAAACCUUUCAGCCCAGGAAUGCCAAAAGUGAUGAGAUGGAGGAGGAGUCCUCCAGGGAGUGGGAAGACACCAAGAGGUGGAACAAAAUGGAUGAGCUGGCCAAGCAGCUGACAUCAAAGAAGCGCAUGGAGGAAAGUGAUAGUGAGGAAGACCCAGACAGGUCCAUGAAAAAGACAUUUAGGUCCCGCAAGUAUGCCUUCAGUAGUCCAGAGGAAAAUGUGAGAAGGUCAUGGAAGCAUCACUCGAAGGAAGACAGCAGUGAAGGAGGCUUUCCACUUGCUCCUAUGCCCGAAGAAAAGAAGGAUGAGGAAGGCAGCGCUAACAGGAGAACAGAGGACCAGGAGCUGGAGAGCCUGGCUGCCAUCGAGGCGGAGCUGGAGCGCGUCGCCCACAAGCUGCACGAGCUGAGGCGAGGCUGAGGGCCCCGGCGCUCCCCGCCGGCCAAAGCAGCGCCGCCACGCUCCUGCCUCCCUCCCUCUCUGCCACCGCGCGUCCAUUUCCCGAUCUAAGAGCAGUUAAGCCGAGCAGAAGCACCGUGCCUAGGAACCGACCCCGCUAGCCCCAGGCCUGCCUCCCUCGCCAUAGUGUUGUGCCCAUCGCCGCUGCCUCACCUCACGCUGCCCUCUCCACACGGAUGUCCACACGCCCGGCAGGGCGCCCGUGGCUGCGAAGUGCAACCUACAUGUGUAUUUUCUGUCUGGGUGGGGUUUUCUCCCUCUUUUUUUUUUUUUUUUUUUUUUUUUUUAAAGACAGGACAGCUUUCUAGAAAGUUCUUUCACCGGUAGUUUCACUGGGUAAAAAACUGCAAUAACUUGUUAUCUUUUGAUUAAAAGCUGAGAACUCUGACUGUAAUAUAUUCUAUAUAAAAAAUUUAUCUAAGGAAAAAUAAAACUGCCGUGGGUUCCUUC